AUGCUGCUCCUUCUUCUACUACAAGCUUUACAAUGUUCAGUAGAGAUAAAAAAUAUCGAUGCAGAUGAAGCUGUCCUGUAUAUCAACAAGCGGAUAGAGAUACGCCAGGUGUACUUAGUGUACAACGUUGUUAAAAGAAUGACAGAGGCAAUAGAACGAUAUGAGCCGGUAGAUGAUGUGCAAAGAGACCUGGACGACCCUCAAGAAAUAUUCGAGGUUAGUUUGCCAUCAAAUAAACCGACUAACUAUUACUAUGGGUUUGAAGUGGUCGAUAUUGAUGGUAAUAGCUUCUACACGGAAAGAUACUACUUCGCUAAUGACCAUAUUUUUUACAGCUCGAAAGCUGCGGUCCCGACAAAUGAAAUAGCAGAUGUAGAAGAAGAUGAGGAGGACGAAUACGAGGAAAAAGAUAAAAAGUGGUGCAUAUGGUCGAUCAUUGGAAUGGGAUUGUUGAUUAUUUUCAUACCUGUAGCUGUUAUCUCUGCUGCUGUGUUCGUGUACAAAAGAAUUACCACUUCGAAAAAUAAAUUGAGCAGCCAAACAGCAAGGUAGAUUGGCCGCUAUACAUCUAAUAAAUAAAGAACCUUCAUGUAUUCC